AUGCGCCGCAAGGCCAUCGCACCCGUGUUCGCCACCCCUCUAGUCAUGUCCUGUGAACGUUUAUACGAGGCCUUAGUGCAAAGACUGCUUGUGAGGUUCCGCGCUGUUAAGGCAAUCGACGUAACGUGCACUACAAACCUCGGCUACGACUUCAGGUUCGCCGACGUCAAGGACUUUGAGCAUGAUAUGUUCAUGAUCGCGAGGACUCUGGGCCGCAUGAAGAUGGUUAGUUGCCAUAUCGGGCGCUGGUUCUUUGGCGUGAUGCGAGCUCCCGCAAAAUGGGCCAAACGCGUAGAGCUGGCCAGCCCUGGCAUGAUUUGUGUCUUGUGGUUUUACAUCGAAUGUCGAGCAUAUUCUCAAGUCAAGUUUUCCAGCUUACCAGAAGGGGUUGACGCGAGUGGUGAACGAGGUCUAGCUCUGCAUCAACACAGGAAUCAACACAGACGGACACGCCAUUGCAUUUGCAACAUUCAUGUUGCUCAAUCACCCCGAGAAGCUCGCACGACUCAAGAAAGAAAUUUCAGAAUGCGAAAAAGUCUCAGCAGACUCCUUAGCUAUCAAGAGCUCAAAGAGAUCAACAGAUUGCACGCUGUCGUACAGGAAGCGUUCCUCAUGAGCCAUUCUGUUGCCGGCCGGUUGUUGGGAACAGCCCCCGACAACGAGAUCAACUUCAGAGACUUGAUAAUUCCCAAGGGUGUAACUGUAUCUUUUUCAAAGUACGACACCUACCUGGAUCCCAAGAUCUUCCCCAAACCGCACAUCUCUAACCGGUCGCUUGACCCGAACGAGCGGAAGCGCCUACGCAAGUAUGUCAACAACUCUGGACGCGGGACGCUCGCUGUGUAUGGAUGGACAUAG